AUGGAUCAGCCGGUGCCCCCGUCGUCACAUGGCAGUGACGAGGCACCAAAUGACGGUCAUGCGACCGUGGGCCAAGGCAGGCCUGGACGCUCGAGACCGAGCACCGCCUCAAAUGAGGCACAUGAAGUCCAUGGUGAGGACAAUGAUGAUGAUGGGUUUGACAGUGAAGAGUUUCGAGAAUGGAUGAGAAACAGGAGUCGAGCUGGAGGACGACGAACCCGAGAUCGCCGUCGCGACAGCAGUGAUGGCUCCCGAGACAGAGAUGGAGAUGGAAGCAGGACCAAUGCAGGACCUGCACCGGAAUGGGACGGCGAGGGCUUGUCGUUCCAGGACUACGCCAUAAAGGCGAGGUUAUGGCUGGCUACAACACGGUCAAAACCCCGCACGAGAGGGCCUCUCUUACUCCAACGACUAGCUAAGGUGCCCUUCGAGACGAUGAAGUUCUUGGCCAAGGACCGCAGGUGGAUGGCCAGUGAGACCAAUGGUGAGGACCUCAUAGACCUGAUGGACCAGGCCGAGUACUUCGGUGACGACCGAGACGAGGACCUGCUAGGUGCCUUAGCAAAGAUCACCUACCAUGUGAGAAGGGAGAAGCAGGAGGCGCACAGGCAGUUCUUCAACAGAUGGGAGACUGCCAUGCGCAAAGUGGCCGAACACAAGGUCUUUUUGCCGGACAAGUACAUCGGCUUCCUCUUGGUGAAUGCCCUUAACCUGACCGAACCGGAGAUCAAGUCGCUCCUCAACUAUACCCGUGGCAGCAUCAUGCCACCUGAUAUCAAGGACUGGGUCAGGAAGCAUGAAACCAAGUUACAAGUGGCACAGGUUGGCCUUGACCCCAAGAAGAACCAGGCCAGCUCGACGAAGGCGAGCGGCAAUUUCUUCGUCGCCGAGGAAGAGAGCGAGAAUGACGAGGAGGAGAUUCAUGCCAUCGAGGCGGCGAUCAUGGAACUACAAGGUGGAGAACAACAUGGCGAUCAACCUGGUGGCACCGAGGAUGAGGAGACGCAGAUCCUGGAAGAGCACGAGGCAGCAGAGAUCCUUAACACGAUCCUGACGAAGAAGCGCAGCUUCGUCCAAACCCAGAAGGCAAAGAAGAGCAAGGAACUUGGCAGAGGAUACAAGUCUGGCAACUUUCCGAACAAGGGCAAAGGCAAGAACACCUAUACCGUCAACAACACCGGCAAGCCUCCUUGGAAAGCAGGUCAGUAUAAGAUGACCAUAGAAGAAAUCAAAAAGAUCACUCGCUGUGGGAAUUGUCUCCGCACUGGACAUUGGCACCGCGAGUGCCCAGAGCCUCCCCGAGAACGCGACCAACAUCUUUUGGAAACCGAAGAAGCUGUUUUCUGCGGUCUUUUAGACCAUGAGACCACCGGAGAAGCCAUGAGUGCCGUAGCCAGCUUAGAUUCCCCACCAGUGGGAAGUUUUGUGGUAGCCGAACCUGAGCCCAAUUCCAACGUAGCUGAGUGCCAGCCCACGUCCCCGUAUAAGGACCGAACUACUGGGAAUGAGGACAACAGCUUCAAGAUCCUGUCAGCGUGGCACAUGCUUCUGGUGAGGGUGAUGAGCAUCAUGCAGAGUGUCAGCGCGCUGGCCUUACGACUUCUACGUCCUCAACCAGAUCACCUGAACCAGAGCACUUCGUCCGGGAAACCGAGAACUACCAGAGUGGCGCCGACAGAGGGCAGCUUCGAACUGAUCCCACCGUCAUCGCCAGCCAAGAGCCAGAGGUCUCAGGCAAGUUCCUAUAUGGGGAAGGAGCUCAUCACGGAUGCGAUCCUUCGGAUGGUGGGGCCACCAGUUCAGUGCGAGCAUGGGGAGACCACACGCCUCUUCAUAUGCCAGAAGCAGGGUCCCAACUACCACAAGCUGUUUUGGCGCUGCCCACGUCCCCGCGAUCAGCAGUGCCGAACCUUUAUGUGGACUCUGAUCCAGCCCUACCUCAACACGAACCUCAUCGAGGCAUCCGAGGAGGAGAUGGACACCGAGACGGUGAUAUCAACUACAACCCGGAGGAGCACUACGUCACGGAAGAGCUCUACGGCAUCCCAACUCCUACAGCAGGCACAACAGCACUGCAAGCACGAGAAGGUGUUGAAGUCGGGCUCCAAUCACUUCAAGAUCCAAGAGAAGUGUGCCAUUUGCGGCAAGAUCACCAAGGAGGAGCUCACCGAAGCCGGCAUCCAGAAGGAGAAGGAACGCGAGAAGAACCGCAAGAAGAAGCUGGAGCCGACCGAGCCCACCUACGAGGAGUUCUUGGAGUGGAAGAGGUCCCAGGCACUGGAACCGGCAGGACAUGAUCUCCUGAAAGCAAAGAACAGGCAAGAGGCAUAUGCCGACACCAUCGACCAGGAGCACAACGUGCGCCACCACAUCCAUGUUGUCACCUUGGAUGGCCUGAUGAACGAGAUCUACCGCACUGAGAAUGUCCUCCUCGAGUGCUUCAACUUGAAAGCUCAUGAGUAUAUGGCCACAGACCACCCUGAGGAGAAUGCCGACGCACAGCCCGAGAACGCCCUUGCCGAGGAUGCAGUGAUUGAGGAACCAGCAGAAGGACAAGCCGAUCUGCCUGGACGACGCCUACCAAGAGAGCGAGGCCUGAACACCUUCCAAUUAGUGCGGAGGGCACAUUGUGGACUGGGUCACAUCGGAAACGACAAGCUAGCAAGGAUCUUGCAGAACGCAGGAGCCAAGAAGGAGGCCAUUGAGUAUGCCAAGAAGCUGACAUGUGAUGUUUGCCAGAAGCACAAAAGGAUUGCCCCUGCCAGGGCUGCAGCACCACCACGAGACUUCACUCCAAACCAAGUAGUAGGGGUGGACACAGUACAUCUACCAGGUCUGAAAGCAGGAGGCAAACUGAAGAUGGCCCUCAACAUAGUGGACUGGUCCACCAGGUUUCAACUGGUGAUACCACUGGAAGACCACACACCACGGUCAGCCUCACGUGCUCUAUUUCAGUGGAUCCGUAUCUUUGGACCUCCCGAACGAAUAUACAGUGACUUGGGCAAGGAGUUCCGUGGAUGCUUCCAGAACAUGAUGGACCAGCAAUCCAUUGUCUUGGACCCCGGGGCCUUAGAAACACCAACCCAGAGGUCCAUUACUGAGAGGGCCGGCAAGUCCUUUAAGGAGGUGCUUUCAAAGACACUUAUGGAAGUGACCUGUACUACCUGGGAAGAAUGGCAUGAGGCAGUUGACGUGACCACGGCCACUAUCAACCGGCUGGCCAACAAAUCAGGAUUCAGUCCGGUACAGAGAAUGCUGGGGUACAGCCCUCGAAUUCCUGGAACUAACCUGAGCGGCGGCUUCAAUGACCACGCCACCGCUUCAAGGUAUCAGGCUGGUGAUCUCCAAGUACAACGUUCUGCAGACCUACGACAAGCCGCAGCCAUUGCCUACCACAAGGCGGACUGCGACCAGGCACUACGGAAUGCACUACAUGCUGGCCACCGGAAAUGGCACCACUACGAGGUAGGUCAAACGGUGUACUAUUGGAAAAAGGGCAUGCAGGGAGCCAAGAAAGACAACCCGUCAUUCUGGCAUGGACCGGCAAAGGUCAUCCUGACCAACCUGCCCAACACUGUAUGGGUAUCCCAUCGCAGCCACAUCGUGAAAGCAAGUCCUGAACAUCUACGACCAGCAGUGGACGAGGAGAAGUUUGUCAUCACCGACUGGAUUCAGGACCUCGUGGAGACCAAGAAGAAGCUUCAGGAGAAGGACUUCAAGGGCUACAUCGUCCUCGAUGAGAAACCCCCUGAGUAUGACCAGGCCAUUGAGGAUGACGAGGAGAUCCCACCACAGAAACCGAAGUUUAGGUUGACAGGAAAGCAUGCGGCGGCCGAGGUGGAAUUUCAACCAGAUAUCUAUGACGAGAAGCGGCAGAAGCUGAAUCCACAGGAACCGGCAAGAAGCACUUUGGUGGAACCGCCACUGACUGAAGCCAUCCCCGAGGACAUCCAGCCUAAUGAGGGCAUCUUUGAUGAUCCUGAAGAACAGCCAGAGAUUGACUCUCCAGAGAUGGUGCCCACUACACCGCUACCGGAUGAGACGGAAGAUGAAAGAGCUGACAACGAUGCACUACCUCCUGCUGAAGAACAUCAUCGUGGACAAGUACGACAUGCCGAUCAUCCAGAAGAAGGAGAACCUCCCGCUAAACGGCACCGAAUGGAGCUUUUGGAGACCCUCUACAACGAGCUGGAGAAGAUCACGAUGACCAGGAACAGGAAGGAAGUAUCUUACGGUCGACUACAACUGAACAACAAGAAGAAGUUCGACCGAGCUAUUUCCAAGGAGAUCCAAAACAACCUGACGUCAGGAGCCUAUGAGGUCUUAAACCGAGAAGAAUCUGAAAGGAUUAGAAGGGAAAAGGGGGACCUGAUCAUGAAAAGCAGGUACGUCCUCACUGAGAAGGCCGUUGAACCUCACGAAAUAGAAGUCCUAAAGAAGGAGGGCUUGCUACUAGAUGACGAAACCGGCGAACUGCUGAAGGCCAAAGCCCGUCAUGUCAUGAAGGGAUACUCGGAGGCUAACGCCGAGAACUUAGAGUCAACAACGCCACAGGUGGCCAAGGACACCGUGAUGUUCACGCUUCAGAUGCUGGCCAGUCAUCAAUGGAAGAUUGGUCACCUCGACUUCACCCAGGCCUUCCAUUCAGGAGACCAGAUCCAGAGAGAGCUGUACUGCUCCCUUCCUCCGGAAGGCAUCCCUGGCCUUCACCCACGGCAACUACUCCGACUUCGGAAGACAUGCUAUGGAUUAACAGAUGGUCCAUAUGCAUGGUACCAACACCUCUCCCGGGUGCUGGAAAGCAGGGGAUACCAGAGAAGCCGGGCAGAUCCGUGCCUGUUUCAGCUGUUCGACCAAGACAAACAGAAGCUCAUCGGGAUCAUCGCCUUGGCCACGGAUGACAUGCUACAUGGCGGAGAAGAGGCUCACUGGGAACAUAUGGAAUGGCUCCGCUCCCAAUACAAGAUGGGCAAAUAUACCACUGGAAACGGAAAGUUCACUGGAAAGACCAUUGAACAACAACCCAGUGGUGCCAUCCUCUUACACCAGAGAACCUACAUCGAGGAGAAGGUCAACCUGAUCCCCAUGAAACGAGAACGAAAACGACAAAGGUAUUCGACAUGUUCAGCCAACGAGGUGAACCAACUCCGAACUCUACUUGGAGCUCUGGCAUGGGUUGCCAAAGAAACCAGGCCAGACGUGGCCGGCCGAGUGGCACUGCUCCAACAGUCGAUGCCACUUCCAAUGGUCAAAGAUAUCAUUGAGGCCAAUGCCGUGGCUGAGGAGCUGAAGAAGGACCCUGGCCUGGGGAUUUUGAUACAACCGAUUCCUAUGGAGCGACUUCGAGUUGGAGUCGUCACCGAUGCCAGCUGGGGAAAUGCCGGAGGCAACUACAUGGAAGAGAACAACAAGGACUACUGGGAAGAGACGGAAUUCAGCUGGAUACGACAUCACCUUCUGCCGAGAAGAUUGCUCUUCCAUCCUGGUGCUGCACCUCAUGGACCUGAUCUACACAAGAUCUCGAGGACAAGAUCCACGACCUGUAACAACGAGGAGAUGACGGACAAUUGGGAUGACAAGGAGGCCAUCAGGGAGAAGCACAACGAACCAUGGACAGGAACCACCACGUUUCUGAAGACCGAGAUCGAAGAGGAGACCCGGAAACCCAUCAACGAGCGUUUCCUUCAACUUGCCAGGAAGCAUAGCCAAGGUGGCUACCUCUUGAUCUACUACGACGACAAGUUGGAGACCACGGACGACAUGGCCAACAUCACAAUUGCAAGCUGGAAAAGCUACAAGUUGAAGAGGUGUACCGUUAACACCUUAUCAGCAGAAUGCCAAUCGAUGCUGCAGGGGAUUGGCAACCUUCACUGGCAUCGAUUCCUCUUGGCAGAGGUUUUAGCCAAGGACCUUUCACUGGAGAACUGGGAGCAACAACUUGGUAAGCUGCCAUUCAUUGCUGUGACAGAUUCCCGGUCGCUCUACGACACAAUCACGAAAUGCAGGAACACGUCGGCGCACAUCGACGACAAGAGGACGGCCAUUGACCUGACCAUCCUGAAAGGCGACCUUGAGACCACUGGCGGCCGGGUCCGUUGGGUAGGUGGAUCUAACAUGGUAUCUGACUCUCUUACCAAAAGGAUGGCCCCCAAGUUCCUCAGCAGAAUUAUGCACCUUGGAAAAUGGUCCUUAACGGAGACGGGCUACAAACGACUAGUUGAAAUACAUGCUUUGUUCAACACAAGUUGUGGUGCAUGUGGAUUUGUAUAG